AUGGAUGGGGACGAAAAGCUCCGCCGAGAGGUUGCAGUAAUGCGCCUAGUGCGAGAAAAUACAAGCAUCCCAGUACCCGAAGUUCACGCAUGGGGACUAUCAAACGAGAAUUCGCUAGGCCUAGGCCCCUUUAUCAUCAUGGACUUCGUCCAAGGCGAGUCCCUGCAUCGCCUUUGGCGACAAACGGAUGAGGCGGUUUUAAGAUCUGAUAUCAGCGAAGGGGACCUCCGCACGGUAUAUCGCCAGGUAGCGGGAUUCUACCUCGAGCUUUCGAAACUGGAGUUCCCCCACAGUAUUCAUACAGACUUGGGGCCGCUCACGCUGAAGAUGCAAGAAAUCGAAGCCCAUGGGGCGGGAACAUUUCCAUCGGCGAGAGAGUUCUUCGAGUACAUUGCUGACCAGGACAUGGAACAGGUGUACAAACAAGCCAAUUCAGUCGACGACGCCGAUGAUGCUCGGGCCAAAUACAAGUUCCGCCAUCAGUUCAACGCUCUUAUUCCCCGCUUUGUUAAUGACGACUACAACAGGAUGAAGCCUAGGUUGCUGUGCGAUGAUUUUCGGUACGGGAAUAUGAUCAUUGGGAGGGAGUGGGCGUAUGCAGCGCCCUAUCAGAUGCUCUGCUCAGCACCGCGCUGGUUUCUCAUCUCGAAGCCAACUGAAUGGCGUACACCAGCAGGUGCCGAAUUCGAGCGGUAUAAAGCAUGUUUGGAGCUUUUCCUCGAUGAACUUGAACGCCUGGAGGUUGAGAAUGAGGAGGUCUGCGAACCGCCCGAAUGCCCAAAAGUGAACGGGAAUGUCUCCAAACAACUUGAACGCCUGGGGAUUGGGAGCGAUGAAGCGCUCAAGCAGGCCGAGCCCCCCAAGAAGCUUUCCGCCCAGAUGCGCAAAUCCAUGACGGACGGCACGUUCUUGUUCCACGAGUUACUGUACGAUUGUUACACGGAUGCCGAGAAUACGGCCUGGAAGGCGAUAUGCAGUCUGCAUCCUGAUUUUGAGGAUUUCACCCCAGUUGCGGAGGAGGAACUGAGGGAGUUCGCCGAACGAAAAGUCAAGGAGCUGGAGGCUUAUAAGUUGGAGUGGGGUGCGAUAAAGGCAGCGAUUGAGCGAUCUGAAAAAGCCUGCCAAAGCAAGGUAAAAUGAUGCAUGGUGAGCGUUUCCCAGUCCGAGCCUGCUAUUUCGCAGCAUUUCAGGAAGGGGCCUAGGGAAAGAGUCGGGAAGCUCAGGAGCACGAGCCGGAGGAAAAAGUCUCAAGUCCAUGACCAAUUUUGGUGAUGUCAACGAUCCUGUUGCGCGGAAAGCUCGUACAAGCACUCCCGACAAUGGAUUGACAAUAGUGGCUGCUAACACGGAACCACUCAAAUUCCCGCCCACACAACGCCAUUCGCACUACAGGGAGGGAACUCCAGCUAUGACUUCUGACGAGCGUUUUUCCGAC